UACCGGGGGCCGCGCACGCGAGAACGCGCACAGCCGAGGAGGACAGAGAGCGCGAGAGAGGGAGAGAGGAUGCGGCCAGUGUUGGAGCCGGACUGCUUCUCUACGGAUGCUCGAAUGUGCGAACACGUCAUUUCUUCUUUCCAGUCGUCUUCCAAGCUCGCCUGAAGGCUGUGGAAACUCAUCAGAUGACAAGAUGGGGAAUGGUUCGAUGAAAUCAAAGCGUUACAAACACACAGACGGCUCUGCUGCUGCCUCCAACAGCCGAGCCCACAAAGAUAAUGGCGGUGGGUUCAAAACCUCGUCCCUGGACUCCCUGAGGGCCCGCGUGGACGAGCUGGAGCGCGAGGGCAAGAGGAGGGAUGAGGAGCUUUGUGCCAAAGAGCAGCAGAUCAAAGGUCUCCAGGAGCAGCUGGCCAAACAGACGCGAGCGCUGGCCGAGCUGAGCGAGGAGCUGCAGAACAAGUGCAUCCAGCUCAACAAGCUGCAGGACGUGAUGAAGAACCAGAGCGGAGCCUCUGCUGGUCUAGCAUCCAGGCCCCCUUCCAUUAAAACCAGCGGCAAAAGCAGCCCCAACCUCAGUGUUCGCAUCAAGGAAACCCUCAAUAGAAGGAAAGGGGCCAAAGCCGGGGUGUCGGCCGAGCCCACAUCCAGAACCUACGACUCCAGCAGCCUGCCGAAGUUCUCUUUCGAGAAGGCCAGAGUACCGAAGGAUGCAAGUGUAAAGAAGCUGCUGACAGACGCCCUGAACAAGAACCAGUACCUGAAGAGGCUGGAGCUGCAGCAGAUCAAAGACAUGGUGGAGUGUAUGUAUGAGCGCACCUACCAGCAGGGAGAGUACGUCAUCAAGCAGGGAGAGCCUGGGAACCAUCUGUUUGUCCUGGCAGAUGGGAAGCUGGAUGUGUUUCAACAUAACAAACUGCUCACAUCGAUAAUGGUGUGGACCACGUUUGGAGAAUUAGCCAUUCUGUACAACUGCACACGGACUGCAUCAGUUCGAGCUGUGAACAAAGUGAGGACGUGGGCUUUGGACCGGGAGGUGUUUCAGAACAUCAUGAGGAGGACGGCUGAGACGCGACAUGAACAGUACCGCAACUUCCUCCGAAGUGUUUCACUCUUGGCUAAUCUACCAGAAGACAAGCUAAGCAAAAUAGUGGACUGCCUCGAGGUGGAAUACUAUGACAAGGGAGAGUACGUCAUCCGGGAGGGAGAGGAGGGCAGCACUUUCUACAUCAUCGCACAGGGAAAGGUGAAGGUGACCCAGACCACCGAGGCCCACAAGUUGCCGCAGAUUAUCAACACGCUGCAGAAGGGAGACUACUUUGGAGAGAAAGCACUUAUAAGUGAUGAUGUCAGGUCAGCUAAUAUCAUCGCUGAGGAGAAUGGGGUGGAGUGCCUUGUCAUCGACAGAGAGACAUUUGAUCAGACAGUGGGCACCUUCAAUGAGCUGCAGAAGUACCUUCAAGGCUACGUGGCAACACUUGAUCGAGACGACAAGAAGAGACAUGCCAGGAGGUCGGUGUCGCGCCACCAGAGCCAGCCGCUAUCGGCAGACGUCAUCCAGCUGAAGGAAAUGGUGUCAGUGUUCCCUCCAUCCAGGCCCUUCGACCACCUGGAGGUCGUCGCUACUCUCGGGGUCGGCGGCUUUGGACGAGUAGAACUGGUGAAGGUGCAGGACAAGGACAUCACCUUCGCACUAAAGGUCAUCAAAAAGAAGCACGUUGUGGAUAACAGACAGGAAGAGCACAUCCACUCGGAGAGGAAGAUCCUCUCUGAGGCUCGCUCGCCGUUUGUUGUCAAACUGUAUCGCACGUUUAAGGAUAACAAAUAUGUGUACAUGCUGCUGGAGGCCUGUCUGGGUGGAGAGAUUUGGAGUCUGCUCAGAGACAGGGGGAGUUUUGAUGAGCCCACUGCCAAAUUCUGUGUUGGUUGUGUCACAGAGGCUUUUGAUUACCUCCAUCGCAAGGGUGUCCUCUACAGAGACCUGAAGCCUGAGAAUCUCAUGCUGGAUACUGAGGGAUACAUCAAACUGGUUGACUUCGGUUUUGCCAAGAAGAUCAGAUGUGGCCAAAAGACCUGGACCUUCUGCGGGACACCGGAGUACGUGGCCCCUGAGAUCAUCCUCAACAAAGGCCACAACUUCAGUGUGGACUUCUGGUCUCUGGGCAUCCUGGUGUUUGAGCUCCUUACUGGCAGUCCUCCGUUCUCAGGGAGUGACCAGAUGAUGACGUACACUUUCAUCUUGAAAGGCAUUGAGAAGAUGGACUUCCCCAAGAAGAUCACCAAGAGACCCGAGGACCUCAUACGCAAGCUAUGCAGGCGAAAUCCCUCAGAGCGACUGGGCAACCUCAAAAAUGGAAUAACCGAUAUCAAGAAGCACAGGUGGUUUAACGGCUUCAACUGGGAGGGACUGAAGGCGAGGACUUUACCAUCGCCACUGAAAAGAGAACUUACGGGACCAACAGAUCACAGCUAUUUUGACAGCUAUCCUCCAGAUGAGGACUCUCCUCCUGAAGAGCUGUCUGGUUGGGACAUGGACUUCUAAGACCUUCUGCUCCAUCUUUCCGUUAUUUUCCUUCCGUUGCACACCCUAACAACCAAAACUUAAUGGGCAAAGUGGCUUUUCAGGUGACCUUACAUCACCUCUGGCAGCCAUGGCGGAGGUCCUCAGGUUCUGGGCAACAGUAGCUGCAAUUAGCUGGUUACUUUAUGAACUUACGUUUGGCCGUCUGAACACAAAUGAACAGCUAUAGGAGAAUUCUCCUUUCACUGUGAAGUUAAAGUUAAGUUGAAGUUAAACAGCUUGUUAUGUAACCAUCACUGUCCUUUUGGUUAAUAGAGCUGACUGGCACUCUAGCUACUUACGAGGCCUGCCUGAAAAUGACUACAUUGACAAGUACAAUGUAGUGCUAAUAAUGAUACAGUAGUAGUAGCAUGUUAGCAUUAAAGCUAAAAUCCGUAAUACUUAAAAACUACUACUGAGGUUCUCCACAAUCUGCCACUGAGAAAUGUUGCACUUGUGUGGUGCAGUGGAUAAACACUCACCUAAAUCGAACACAGCUGGCGGUGUUUGUGGAUGGGAAGCCAGUGAGGGAUCAAGUCCUUGUUGCUGUAUUACUGCCCCUCUCUGGAUAGUUGGGGCACUUGUGCAAAGCAAAGCUGGCAUAGCAAAAACAUCUGUGUGCGUUACUUUAGAGUUGGGUAAUGAGAACCAGCUCUGCAUUGUAACCGGUUCCGAAAUGAAAACAACCUCACAACCUAGAAUUCAUGAAAAAACUUCUCAUUCUGCAAUGUGGAUUCCCAAAAAUAACUUUUCAGUGGCAAAGUUUGUAAUUAAUGCGCUUCAUUUCACAGUUCAUGCAUUAACGCUUAUGUACAGUGUUUACAAUAUGGCUGACCGGAGCUAGCGUGCAAAAGUGUUGCACGUCCAAAUGAAUCACUUAAGUAAGAGGGUGGUACAUCCACGACAUUUUCGCCACAUACUGUACCAACAGAGUGAAGCAACUUCACAAAUGCAACAUGCUUUGUCUUUGCUGUAGUUUCAAAGUGCGUAACGUUAUUGAUUACAGCUUUAGCUUUGCUAAAUAAGCCUGCAGGCAAGUUACUCAAAAAUUGUAACCAACUGCGUGUCCACAUUAACUAAGAUGGCCUCCUCGAGCUUCAUCUCAUAUUGCUUUGGAGGGAGUAAGUCUUGAAACAGAUCAGUGUCCUGUGUCACAGUAUUGUGUUUUUACAUUCCUUAAUCAAUCUACGCCCAUGUAAUAAUCUUUUACAGAUACCUCUAAAAUAUUGUUUUCUCUGGGCCCUCAUGAUGGCUCCAGAUGUGGUUGUGAUGCAGCUGCAAAGUCUUUAUUUCUUGCAGCUGAGGGAAUUUGUGAUUACAUGUGCAGUUUGUUUACUGCUGUAGAGGAGUGGAGGUGUGUGGCGAGGAGAUAUGCGCGGAGAUGACACUGCAAAAAGGCAAGCCAUUUGAGAACACAGACUUGGGAGAAGAAAUUCUUCUUAACUGCUUAGACGGCAUCUAACCACAACACACUUCUAUCCCAAACAUGAAACAUUAGUGCUAAGAAGCAUCAAGUGUUCCUUGUGCCAACAGUGUUAUCCUCACAGCCCCACUGCCCAAACUAGACACAUACAAAAACACCUUCUCCUCUUAAGUUAUAGAGUGUGAGCAUCCCGUGGCAGGGUGCCUGACCUGAAGAAAUAUUUAACUUUUUGAAAUUGAGUCAACUCUGCAGUUCCCAGCUUCUUAAGGAGAAGGGGAGUUCUGUGGCGUCGAUGAUGUGAAGAGGAACAGCAAAGAGGCCAAACUGAGCAAACUGAGAAAACCUUCAGGGUUUACUAUGAGGAGAUUUUCACAAGCUUAGGGAUAAAAAAAAAAAAAAAUGUAUUUUCCAUUUUUAAACACUUGAGAAUUACAGUAAAUUGACUGUGUACCAUGUCUCUAUGUAUAUACUAUAUACUGUAAAGCACAAGCAUCAAAAAUACACAAUUUAUACAAUCCAAGCUACUUGUCCCUUUAUGUACACCUUAAAAACUGCGUGAGUGAAGUUUGUAAAUAUCACAUAUAUAUGUAUACACUGACUGGUGAAUGUGUGUGUACAGUAUGUACAGUAUGUGAUAAUGUCUGUGUAUGGAAGCACCUGAAAUUCUUGGAGAAGCUGUGGCCUGAAGAUAAUGAAGCUGUGUUUGUUAAAAUUUCAGAUAGAGUUUCUGUUUUAUAAGGUCUUCUUAGAUUGGUCAAUUUAAAUUUUGUAGAUUAUUAUUAUUAUUAAUUUUAUUUUAUUACCAAUAUGUGCAAACAUUUGUCAUUGUGAACAUUCUGACUUGUCAAACACAGUAUUAUUAUUUAUGUAAUGACAUUAUAGCUGCAUUUUAUUUAAUUCCGUGCCAGGCCUGGACCUAGCCUGAGUGAUAUCAAACUAAAAUGCCACUUCAUUCAACUUCAUAUAUUCAUCCUGACAUCAUGUUUAUGUUAUGGUCAUUUUUGGUUGCUAUUUUUCAUGAAUGUAGCUAGCUAGCUAGCUGUAAAAGCUAGCUCUAAUUGGCUGAUUGUUUCUCCAACCAGGGAAACAGCCGCCAAUAAGCAAACGCCCGUCCUAUUUGAACCGCUGAAGAAAUCGGGGAUUUGGGAAGCUGUUAUUGAGCAUGCUGGCUUAAUUCAAUUCCAUUCCAAUUUAUUUAUAUAGCACCAAUUCAUAACAGAAGUUAUCUCAUUGCACUUUUCCUAUAGAGCAGGUCUAGACCGUAUUCUUUAUAAUAUUACAGGGCACCUAAAUAAAACAUCUAUCAUUAAUGUUAUUACACUUGCUUUACUGCAAUGACAAGUCAAAACAUCUCCCACCGGAACAGCUUGUUGCUUAAUUUGUGUGGAGUCAUGACCGGACUGUACCUCAAAAUAAAGUUUUACAAAAACAGAAAUUCAACCAAACGGUUCAAAGCCUCAAAAUAUAUUUGGACCUCAUGUUCACUGAACAUUGUUAGCUUUAGAAGAUAUCAAAUGUCUCUAAGCCUAUAUUUUGGCACCGGGGUUAAAAUCUCAAAAAUAGGCUAUUUACAUAAUUUUUUAAGAAAGAAAACAUUUGUAAAAUGUAGUACAUCCUAUAAUUGUAUGCAUACAUUUUAGGCUGUUACAACACACAUACUGUACUAUCUACAACUGCCUCUGUCUAGUGCAAUCCUGCAAAAUAUAUACUGUACCUGUUUAUAAAAUGUAUAUAUUGACUUUUUUGGGCAGUAAGUGAAAGUUGUAGACCAACAGUUGUACUGUACAUAGAGGUAUUCUUCUAAGUUUUGCUAUUAAAUUCCAGAAAUACUGAUCUUGUAUUUUAUGCAGAAUGGUACCAAGGGAGAGAUAAAGGAAAUACAUUUUGAGAAUUUUGCUUUGUUUGUGUGUCGUUUUGUGCCACUACCCCUCAAAACCUUCAGGUUUAGAAACCAAAAAAUCCUGAGUCUUGCAUACUUUUUAUUCAUUUCUUUGAAUGCUUUGUAAGGAUGGUCAGAGCUCAGAGGGGGGAGACCUUUAAACAAUUCACCACACUUUCACAUCAGUAGUGACAAAUGUCCAUCACAGAUAUAAAGACCAUCGACAUGUCAGAGCUUUGUUCCCCCUUUCCCAGACCAUACCUCUACAAGAUAUGCAAGAUACAGAAAAUAAAUAGAUGCAUGUUAAAGGUCAUUUCCAUAUACAAAUAUAUUUUAUGAAGCUUAUUGUACAAGCAUUUCUUUUUUACCUACAGCAUAACAUUUACAAGAUAGGAUUGAACAGUGAAGUAGAGUAAUCUCUUAUAAACUGCUGAUAUACUGUACUGUAUAUUUGAUACUUGCACUCCAAAAGACAUUAGCAAAGUUUAGAAAUGGGUUGAGUCUCAAAUGCAGCAAAAGCGAAGGCCUGAAAAAUGACCCGUCAUCAGUCUGCAAUGUUGUACUGGCUCAACCAGAGGGAGCCACUCCAUUCUACAGCAUGCAUUGCUAAAAUCUGCAUUGGCACAAGAUGAGGAAGCACAAACUGGAAAAAGUGUCAGUACAAAAUAUAUAAAGUUAACAAAUCUGCCCUUAGCUAUUGACACAAAAUAAAUGUCUCUGAAAUAUCAAAAUAGUGAAUUAUUUGAAAUACAAUUUAGAAUAAAUUCCACUGACGAUCAUACUUAUCAAAAGAAUAUGCACUAUGUUCACUCAUUGUAGACUAUUUUGUACCAUAAAAAACUAUUCUCAGCGUCUUGCUUUGACUUCAGCUUCAUUGCAAACUGAGCACAGUUCUCUGAAUGACCGAGCCCCUCUGAACAGGCGAUGAAUCAAAUCAAAGUUUUUGAAAAGCAGAAAUCCACCCAUUCAAAGGCACUUCUAUCUCAAAGAGACAUUAGAAUAUCAUCAACAUAUAGUGAGCUAUAUACAAAAACAAUGUACAAGUCUAUAGAAAAAACGUUGCUGCUAUAUUUCAGUCUAUUUGCUCUAAAUAAAUAUUUGGUUUUAUGAACUCUGACAAUAAUGCACAACCCAAAGCAACAUUAUGACAUGUUAACUGCUCUUCCAGGUGUGCCGGUUGUUCAAUGCUGACCUGACAAAGUACAUGUGAUCAAAUAACACACCCGCUAAUGAUUUAUGUAAAAUCUACUCUAUACAGUAAUAUUAAAGGCUUAUGCGACCCAGGAAAACAGAUCAGCUCUCCCUCAUCAUUCAAUAUAUUAUAUGUAUUGCUCAUCAUUUUUGGGUUUUAUAAAAAUAAAAAAAGGGAAUUUGAAAAUCAGAUGAAAAAAUCUGGGUGAAAACGGCUUUUAAAAUCCCUAUUUUUAAUUACUUUGAGGAACUCUGGCACAAAAUGCACAGCUCAUUGUUAAAAAACAAAAAUGAUGAGCCUUAAGGAUAUGUAAAGCAAAACUGAUUCCAGACCAGCAGUGUACAUUGACUUGAUACUGACUUUUUUGAUAUCUUAGUUGAUAAAAACAGAUUUCUAGAAGCAUUCUGGCAGUUGCUAAUAGUUUUUCUUCAUAAAUGUCAUUCUAUGCUGUAAAUACGACAAUCUGGCAACAUGUUCUGAACUUUAACAAUGCCAAAAACAAAUAAGUUCAGCCUGAUAUCAGGCUCAUUGAAACCACUAGUAUUAAUCCUUGAUGCCUGCCAAGUCCCACGACUUAUUUGAUUUCUUUCUGAACUUAUCAGGUCCAACAAAGGUUUCAAAAUUCCACACAAGCAUCAAGUGGCUUUUUGAGCCCUGUGGUUUUACACUUGUAAUAAACACAUGGUUCAGCCCUUGUUUAAUGUAGUAGUUUCUCCUUUUGAUAUGCUUUAUCCCUUUAUCUUUCAAAAUUAAAUCUUAAGUUUACUUGUAAAGCUUGAACAUGUUCUUGGCAAAGCAAUGGUAUAAUAGGUCUCCUCAAAAACUCCCCAUUCCCAAUGUUAAUGAAGACCACAAAUGUAAAGUAGCUUACUCUUCCACAUAUAAUAAACUCUUAAAGUGUGGGUUCUGUACAACGAUGGAGCAGUGAUCUACACACAAAUAUGUAUGGUCUACAUCACAAUUCUGGCUUUGGAAUCUAAUAUAUCUCUCUAUAGCAGCCAAGCCAAUAAUUAUACAAUAACUUCUCAUAUAGUGAAUAACACAGUGAUAGUACAGACAUAAAUACAUACACAUAGUAACAAAAACCAUGCAAGUGCGAGUCUGACUUUGUGGUAACGACCAAAGACAACUUCAAGCUAUGAAGGGGUGAAAGAUGAGAAUGACCCCCCUCAGAGGCAUCAGUUCAAACUGAGGUCAUUUUUCCUGAAAAGUGAUUUUUCCUUCAGUUUUUGUCUCUCUUAUGCCUCAGUUAGUGUUUGAAUAUCUUGAUAGUGAGUUUAUGAUUGCAUUCACCCUGCUAUCGCCCAAUGGAUAACUGUGCAGCGAUGAUAAAGACAUAAACAGUGGUGCUGGUGGUGAAAUUGGAGCAUGGAGAUUUGACUUUCCAUUCCAGUUAUCUUCCGCGAAGAUAACUCACACGAUCCAUUCCUUCCCAUGAACAGACCAGUCUCCUCUUCACCUGGAACAACAGGAAGUACUCUCCUCCAGUGCAAAAGGGAAGUUGUGUUCAGUGGGUGUUUGUAAGUGAAUGAGCGUAUGACUAAAGAAACAGGAGGAGAGAGUGUCGUUUUGGCUGUAUGUGUUGAUUUUUUUUUUUCUUUUCUGUAUGACAUGAGUUUUAUGUGAACAGGCGUUGAAGAAAAAAAAAACUAUCUACAGGCGCAAGAA